AUGCGCCGUCUACAGCUGUCGCUUCUGGCAGCCCUGCCGCUGUGCAGGGCCAAAUCAAGGGCCUUUAGCAUCCACGAGGAUCUCCAGGCGUUUCCCCAGUUCGAGGUCGUCUUUUCCGACCGCUUCAUCUCAGAGCAAGACGCUCAAUCGCUGCUCGAAUACAACAUUCAACAUCCUACAUACUCGGCCGACUUCUCCCAGCCAACAAUCACCGAUUCGAGCGACAGCCAGGACCACGACCAGCAUGACGACCGCCACUCCCGGGACAGCUCGCCCCUUACCUACGAGCUGAUGAACAUGCCGCCGCACCGCUACCUGUGCGCCAUCCCCGUCAUCGAGCCUCCGUCCCCCGAAAACCAGACCGCGACAGAGCUGGCCAAGGCCGAAGAGGCACGGGAACUGGGCCGAGCUGCGGCGAGCGGCUGGAACCUGCUCAGCGAACUGGAAGACACAUGUCUCUACUUCAUGUCCGGCUGGUGGAGCUACAGGUUCUGCAACAACCGCGAGAUUGUGCAGUUCCACGCCCUUCCCUCGACGCCCAUGGGCAAGCCGCCCCAGCCCGAUCCCCACGCGGCCGAAUACAUCCUGGGCCAGGCGUCUCUGCCCGAAGACUCGGAAACGGACUCGGCAUCAGACGGCUCCAAAGUGCCGGCCGAGCUCCAAGUGAAGGGAGAUCAGCGAUACCUGGUACAGAGGCUGGGAGGGGGAACCAUCUGCGAUUUGACCCUGAGGCCGCGCACCAUUGAGGUGCAGUACCAUUGUGUCCCGGGGAUGCAAAGCGACAGGAUUGGAUGGAUCAAGGAGGUCACCAUCUGCUCAUACGUCAUGGUCGUCAACACCCCGAGGCUGUGCAACGAUGUUGCGUUCUUACCGCCUGAAGAAAGCAAGGCAGAUGCAAUUACGUGCCAGCUCAUCACCGACGACGACGAUGACGACGAUGAACAACGAACCCCCCCGCUGCUCGAGCACCAAGCCUCUGGUCAUGCCCAUGCGGAGGGAGAAGCGGAGCAAGCUGAGCACCUGCUCGCCAGCCAUAAUAACUCCCCGCUUACAGUUGGCGGCGUGGUUGUAGGGGGACGCAGGUCUCUGUCAGCGGGCGACAAGGACGGCCAGUCACCCCUCAUACUGGCGCCUCCCCGGAACUACAUCAACGGCCAGCAAGCUGCGGAGCAACUCAUCCAGGUGCUCAUCAGGGCAGCCAGCAAGCAGGACGGCGGUCAGAUUGAGCGACUCAGCAACGAGAAGCUGGAGCAGCUGAACCUGAGCCCGGAAAUGCUUGAGAAAUGGGAGGAGGAGAUGAAGGAGAAGGCUGGCGACAAGGGGUGGCAGCUGGAGAUUGUGGGCGACGUGGAUGACGUAAAGAGGCACCUCCGGGGAUGGACGGACGAGGACGACGAGGACGAGGGCCACGCCAAGGAGAAGGGGAGGAGGAAGGAUGGCGGCGCCAAUGAGGGUCGCGGGAAGGGAAAGCAGGAGGAUGACCAAGGGAGCGAGGAGAAGUUCUACAAUGAGGGUUUAUAG